AUGCCCGCCCCGAACCAGCGGGUAGCUCCCCAUUUGUCUGGCUGCCAAGUAGCCGUCAAAGGUGCUGCCACGGCAUUCAAUGCUCAUUCGCCAAAGACCGCCGUAUCGUCCCUCUCACGGGGGUUAGCUUCCGCCCAAGGAGACCGUGAUGGCUGUCGCGGUGAUCAGAAGCCGUCAUCACGACCGCAGUCCGCCGGGGAGCCCGACGUGCCGCCUGAGGUCGGAUCGGUCAAGGACAAGAUAGGAAGAUUUGCAAAGCACUCCGACCCACCAGCGUCUGCAGCGUCGUCCAAGAUCACUCCCCGGGAGGCGACAGCGAUCGCGCCGCAUUCUUCCGAGCAAGAUGUCGCGGCACGAUUGCCUUCUCACAAGCCACCUGUUCCCAGUCGCAAGCCAACGGCACUCACGACCAGCAAUAUAAGAGCGGAUAAGAAAGAUACACUGUCUAAUCAUCAUCCUGAUAGACCACAUACACAGCCAGACACACCAGAACGCCGGGAUACACCAACCACCCCAAGUAGAUCACAUGACGGAAACUCCAUUGAACGCAAAAACCCACCUCCCAGCAAUGCAUCUAUUCCGCGGAAGCCACCGGCUUCGUUACCUUCGCAGCUGGCUGCGACGAAACCGCGUCCUGUGUCUCGCCCUCGGACCGGCGCAUCAGGGACUGUUGCGCCGGUCGUCCCUGAUGCGCCGGCGUCAAUGCCAGUGAGCAUCCAUGCCGGGCGAACAAGAAAACGCGUUGAAAUCCCAUCCGUCGAGUACUCGUUCGGCUACUUUGUCUACGACACCUUCCGCCCUACUCAAAGGCCAGACUCCGGCACUUCCCCCACGGUCCAAUCACCGUGCCCUUCUGGACGAAAUGAACUCUUCACCGCAAGCUUCCAGUCCGAGCUCAUCGUCUAUCUAUGGGCGGGCCCAUAA